UCAGCAUGAGCAACGAGCGCAGGAUGCUAUGUACUUCCUUGUUACGAUGACCUAUUAUUAAAUCACAUGAGAAUUUAUGGAAAAAAGAGAAUGCGAGUGCUUCUAUAUACUCGAUUGGCAGUCAAAGAAACUUGGUAUCCGUCAAAUCUAAAAAAGCUUUUUUGAAGAAACGUAUUCAAAUAUCCAGUCUCUUGAUGAUAAUCCUAUUCGUUCUGGUCGCUUCCUUAGUCGUUGCGGUAUUGGUACUUGCUAUACUUUACUCUAUGGUUAAACAUGAUAUGAAAAUAUGUGAUUCGGAAGAUUGCGUCAGGAUAGCUGCUAGUCUUAAGGAAUCUAUGGACACGUCCGUAGAUCCUUGUGACGAUUUUUAUAAAUAUACGUGUGGCAGAUGGCCUCAAGAACAUCCGAUACCGGAUUCUAGUCUAACAAAUUCAUGGUUCAAUGAACGAACCGAACGAGUAGCUAGGACGAUUAGAGAUUUGUUAAGAAGAAAUAUUAGCGAUGGAAAUGCACCUUGGUCUGUGCAGCAGGCAAAAAUUUUGUAUACCAGUUGCUUGGACGUCGAGUCACUGAACGAAUUAGGACUCUCGUCAUUAUUUGAGUUGUUAGAACUACUCAAUUUACCCUCAACUCCUGCAGCAUUGACGAAGAAGACGAGAAAUUACAUCGAUCAAAUGGCUAGAGUCAAAAGAAUUUUAGGAAGGGAUGUUUUAGUUGGUCUCGACGUUCUACCCGAUCCUAGAAAUGGUAGCAAAAAUGUUAUUUUACUCGAUACACCAAUCAUGGGUAGUCCCUUCCCCAGUGACAAAGAAUUAGAACACCGUCUGCAAACAAUUAGAUCACGAAUGAGAAAAUUGGAUACGAUAUUAGACGAAAUAGACAGAGACUUAGAAGUGGAGUUACUGUAUAUGUUCAACGUUAUCAAGGAAGUUAUCAGUAAUGGUACAUUGAAUGCUUGCACUAUUGAAAAUGAAAGUACAUUUCCUAAAGAAAACGAUGUGAAAGAUGUAUUACAGAACAUUUAUGAAUUUAGUGGUACUUUAUACUUGCUGUCUCAUCUCGAAGUUAAUGAGACUUUGACAGAAAAGGAUAUCAAAGAUGAAGAUUAUAUGUUUGUUGAUGAUCUUCAGAAAUUGACGGACGAAUAUGUGAUCGAAAUAAAUUCGAGUCUAACACCUAAAAUUAUUUGGAGACCUUUUAUUGAAACACUUUUUAAAGACGUUGUUACUUUGGAUCUUUCUGGGAAAGAUAAAGUUCUUGUGGGAAAUUUGGAAUAUUUGAAAGAUUUGGCUUUGAUCAUUGCUUCUAGGAAUGAAGAAGAUUUAGAAACAUAUAUAUGGUGGGUCGUCGUCGACAUAGUUGUUCCACAUUCUUCCGAAAAAUUACGACAAACUUGGUCUAAUUAUCUUCACUCAUUAAUGAACGUUGAAACUGUUACAUCCCAAUCUUUAUAUUGUGCCGAAGCUGUGAACCAACUAAUGGGUAUGGCAGUAUCAUGGUUAUUCGUUGAUAAAUCUUUUCACGAAGAAAAAGCACCGAAAGUUCGCGAAAUGUUAGAAGAUAUUAGAGCAGCUUUUGCUUCAUUAGUUCGAAAAACUGAUUGGAUGGAUAAAAAGACUAAGAAAGUGACGUUAGAAAAAAAUGAUAAGAUGUCUUUGGAAAUUGGCCAUCCAGAGUGGCUUUUUCAGGAGGGUGAACUCGAUGAAUAUUACGAAGAUAUAGAUCUGUCGGAAACGAAAUAUUUAGACAAUAUGUUACAAAUCGUUCGAUCAAUUUCACUCGCAAAAUUGGAAUGUCUUCACGACACUAAUUUAUACAACGAAUCAUAUUGGGUGACAGAUCCAACAGAGGUCAACGCCUUCCAUACUUUUCAAGUGAAUCAAAUUACUAUUCCCGCUGGAAUUCUCCAGUUUCCAUUCUACGAACUUGGUCUGGAGGCUUUAAAUUAUGGCGCUAUCGGUACGGUUCUUGGGCACGAAUUAACACAUGGUUUCGACAAUAGUGGUAGACAAUACGAUAGCAAUGGCAAUUUAAGACAAUGGUGGACCAAUGAAACGAUUUUCGAGUACACCGAAAGAACUCGAUGUUUUAUAGAUCACUAUAACAGUUAUUACGAGGACGAGGUAGACGAUUACGUGAACGGUGAAUUGACCUUGGGAGAGAAUAUAGCCGAUAAUGGUGGUUUGAGAGAAGCUGUCAUCGCUUACGAAAGAUGGAAGGCCAGACACGGUCAAGAGGCUUUACUUCCCGGAUUUACACAUCUAACACAUCAGCAACUACUCUUUCUCAGUUUCGCUCACCUGUGGUGCGAGUCAUACACCGCGUUGUCCUUGAAAUGGAUGCUUCAAGAUUCUCAUUGUCCUGGUCACGUGAGGCUUAGAGCAGUACUUAAAAAUUCCAAGGAAUUUAGCGAAGCCUGGAAAUGUCCAUUAGGAUCUAAUAUGAAUCCAGUUAAAAAAUGUCGUCUCUGGUAAUAGAGGAUCACGUCAGCUUCCUUUUUAUGUUUCAAAACUUAUGUAAUUAAUAAUUAUGCUCCAAGGAAUUUGGCAAUGUUCAAAAGAGUUCCUUAGGAUCACAGUUAAUCCAGUUUCAUCUGUUGUCAUCGGCUUCCUUCUUUUUCAAAAUUUAUAUGAGACACUAAUUAA